UAAUCAAAUAGCUAGCUAGUACUGAUUGAGCUGUGUGUGUAUGUAUGAAUAUUAAGAAAGAGAGACAGAGAAAGUGUAAAUAUGGGGAAGUUCAUGAGAAGGGGUUGGGUAGUGGCGUGUGUGAUGGUGUUACUGAUGUCGACUCAAGGUUUGGGGAAAAUAUCUAGUACAGAUGGUCAUGGCAGUGGCAAAAACCGACGUCAUCAACAGGGUGAUAGUGCUGGGGAUGGUAUAGGAGUUCGAGGAGAAGAUGCUGGUGAUGGUAUAGGAGUUGGAGGUGGUGCUAGCGAUGACAUUGGAGUUGGACGUGAAAUUAGCGGAGGAGGUGGUACAGGCGGUAAUGGUGGUGACGGAGGUUCAGGUGGUGGAAGUGGAGGUGGUGGGGAAGGAGGAGCUGGCGGCGGAGGAGGUCAAGGCGGCAGUGCUGGUGGUAAUGGAGGCAAUGGUGGUGGAGGAGAUCGUGGCGGUGCAGGUGGCCGUGGAGGUGGACGUGGUGGCGGUGGUGGCGGUGAAGGUGGAGAGGGAGGUGUAGGUGGUGGUGGCGGUGGCGGUGGGGGAGGACGCCGUGGUGGACAUGGUCGUGUUGGAGCUAAUGGUAGCGUAGGAGCCGGAGGAAGAACCGGUAGAAGUGGAGGUAACAACGUUGGCGGAGGAAGACGUGGUGGUGGAGUUGGUGGUGGCGGUAGCGUUAGGAACCGACAACACUAAAUCGGAAACUGCAGUGGCCGUUAACAAAUAAUAAUAUAGCAAGCACUCACGUUGCAUGCAUGCAUGCUUAGCUUAUUGCUAUCUACUUAUCUUGUUCUCGUAGUACGAGUGUAUAAUAAAUUAAUAUGAAUAAUGAAUAAAACUUCUCUUACGAAUUAAA